GCCCCUUAUUACACCGGCUUCCACCAGGUGAAAAAGGAAGCGUCCAAGUGCCACAGAAGCAUUUGGGUUCAGAGGAAUCCAUUUCGGCAUUUGUGGGAUUACUGAUUUAUUAAGAAAUGUCUCGAAAGAACGACAAAUCCACUGCUCCAACUGAUAAACUGACUCGUAUUGCCAUCGUCAGCAACGACAAGUGUAAGCCAAAGAGAUGCAGGCAGGAGUGCAAGAAGUCAUGUCCUGUCGUCAGGAUGGGUAAGCUGUGCAUUGAAGUAUCCCCUGCAGACAAAAUUGCUUUUAUUUCGGAGGAACUCUGCAUUGGAUGUGGUAUAUGUUCCAAGAAAUGUCCAUUUGAAGCAAUAUCCAUUAUCAAUUUGCCAAGUAAUCUUGAGAAAGACACCACCCAUCGAUACAGUGCCAAUUCUUUCAAACUUCACAGAUUACCCAUUCCUAGGCCUGGGGAAGUUCUGGGGUUGGUUGGCACCAAUGGUAUAGGAAAGUCCACUGCACUGAAAAUCUUAGCAGGAAAACAGAAGCCAAACUUAGGAAGGUUUGAUGAUCCCCCUGAUUGGACAGAGAUCUUGACCUACUUCAGAGGAUCAGAAUUGCAGAACUUCUUCACAAAAAUUCUGGAGGAUGACCUGAAGGCCAUUAUCAAACCCCAGUAUGUAGAUCAGAUUCCAAAGGCUGUCAAGGGAUCAGUGCAGCAGUUAUUGGACAAAAAGGAUGACCUAGGAAACCAGGAAGAUGUCUGUGUACAACUGGAUCUGGUAAAUGUUAAGGACAGAAAUGUGGAAGCGCUGUCUGGAGGAGAGCUCCAGAGAUUUGCUUGUGCCAUGGUGUGCAUUCAGAAAGCUGACAUAUUUAUGUUUGACGAGCCGUCCAGCUACCUGGAUGUGAAACAGAGGCUGAAGGCUGCUCUGGCAAUCCGACAACUGAUUAACCCCGACAAAUUCAUCAUCGUUGUUGAACAUGACUUGUCUGUCCUGGAUUAUCUGUCAGAUUUCAUCUGCUGUCUCUAUGGAGUGCCGGGGGCUUACGGAGUAGUUACUAUGCCUUUCAGUGUUAGAGAAGGAAUCAACAUAUUCUUGGAUGGGUUUGUGCCUACAGAAAAUCUUCGAUUCAGGGAAGUGUCUUUGACAUUCAAGGUUGCAGAAACAGCUUUGGAGGAGGAAAUUAAGAGGAUGUGUCGAUAUGAAUAUCCAAAUAUGAGGAAAUUAAUGGGAAAUUUUGAACUAAGGGUUGGAAGUGGACAGUUCACAGACUCAGAGAUCAUUGUUAUGUUGGGAGAAAAUGGGACAGGAAAAACAACUUUUAUCAGGAUACUGGCAGGAAAACUGAUCCCCGAUGAAGGAGGUCCUUGCCCGAUGUUGAAUGUUAGCUACAAACCGCAGAAGAUUAGUCCCAAGUCACAGGGUACAGUCAGACAACUACUGCACGACAGAAUCCGGGACGCGUACGUACAUCCACAGUUCGUAACCGACGUCAUGAAACCGCUCCUGAUAGAAAGCAUCAUUGAUCAAGAGGUUCAGAACUUGUCUGGAGGAGAAUUACAGAGAGUGGCCUUGGCUCUCUGUCUAGGAAAACCUGCUGAUGUUUACCUGAUUGAUGAGCCAUCGGCGUAUUUAGAUUCUGAACAGCGUCUGCAUGCCGCAAAAGUCAUCAAGAGGUUUGUGUUGCAUGCCAAAAAGACUGCCUUUGUGGUGGAACACGAUUUCAUCAUGGCUACCUACCUUGCCGAUCGUGUGGUUGUGUUUGAUGGGAAGCCUUCAAUCUCUACAAAGGCCAAUAGCCCACAGUCAUUGUUAAACGGAAUGAACAGCUUCUUAGAGUCAUUGGAUAUUACGUUCAGGCGAGAUCCCAACAACUUCCGCCCUCGUAUCAACAAACUCAACUCCGUCAAGGACACUGAACAGAAGAAGGGUGGGAACUACUUUUUCUUGGAGGACUGAAACUGGGUCAUUGCGACCCAGAAGAUUGUUAGCUUGGGCUCUCCGAGCUUUACACUUGUGGUGCCUGGCUGUCGGUUAGAUAAAAGGAAAUGGUGGAAGUUUAUAAAAUGUACAUCAAUUGGAAAAUCAUGGAGAACAUGCACUAUUAAAGUUGAAUUUUAAAUCAAAAAUGGUAUAAAAUACAUUGUAGCAGUCAUUGAUUGAUUCACCAACAAGUGAUCCGUGUUGUAGAUCAUCUGAUGACAUGGCAAUUCUGUUCUUCAUUAUCAGGGCUCUCGUUUCUCAAAAUAUGGGGGUGAACAGAAGGCCCUUCCAUUCUCAAAGAGGAAAAGGGCCACAUGUUUCUCAAAACUGAAAUGUCAUUUUUCCCUGUUACGAAAUCUUGAGAGAUUUGAUGAUGUGUAAUUUUAUCUUCACAAAGAAUAUGGUGUCCAUUAAUUAUGAAGAAUAUACUGUAUGUACAUUUAUAAAUCCACUUUGCGUAUCUUGAGGGUGAGAGAUAACGGCCGGAGUAUACAAUCUUUGAUAUUUUCCUUGUAUAUUUAAUGCAACAGAUUUUUUGUUAAGUCUUGUUAAAAGCCAUAUAAUGUAAGAACACACUGUACAUUUUAUUAUUUUCACAGACCAUGAAUUUUAACAUUUUUAAUCCCUUUGUUCUGUUUAUUUCCUGUAUUUUACUGGAAUCAAAGUCAUUUGUUUUCUUUUUUUUAAUACAAUUUUCUUUAAUGUAAACAUAGUAAAGCAGUUUAAUGUAAACUUACAUUUUUGUAAAGCAGUUAAUGUGAGAUUACGUUAUUGUAAAGCACUUAAUGUGAGAUUACAUUAUUGUAAAGCAAUUAAUGUGAUAUUACAUUGAUAUUGUAAAGCAGUUAAUGUGAGAUUACAUUAUUGUAAAGCAGUUAUGUGAGAUUACAUUAUUGUUAAGCAAUUAAUGUGAGAUUACAUUAAUAUUGUAAAGCAGUUAAUGUGAAAUUACAUUAUUGUAAAGCAGUUAAUGUGAGAUUACAUUAUUGUAAAGCAGUUAAUGUGAGAUUACAUUAUUGUAAAGGCUGUGCUGGUCUGUUGUAAGUUGUAGUCUGAAUAUAAAAAGGUGAAAAAAUGUGAAAUUAUCAACUGUAGACAUUUUUAUAUGGUCUAACAAGCUGUCUGAUAUUCAAAUUCUUCAAUAAAUGAAUUGCUGUCUAUAAUUUAAUACUGCAGGAUGAUUGUGUUAGAACUUUGUGUAGCCUAUGAAUGGGUGGUGCUAGUUACACCUGGCCAGGAUUUCUCGGAAAAAAACUUAAAUCGAAAUUUGGACUUAAGUCUGAGAUUUUACUCAUGUUUGACUGCUCAAAUAAAAGAAAACUCAAACUUAUUGAUUUGAGAUUUUUUCUAGAAAUCCAAGUCUGAGCUUAAAGCUCGUGUGAGUUUUUCUGGUCACUUUUUGUCGUGCAUCCUUCUGUCUGUUCCUAAGCUUUUAACACUCCAGAACCACUGGACCAAUCCAAUCACACAUGACACAAAUUAUCCUUAGGUGAAGGGUAUUCAUGUUUGAUCAAAUGAAGGGUCAUGCUGCCUCCAGAGGGGAGAUAAUCAAGAAAGCAAAAAUAGGGUGGGGGUCAUUUAAAAAUCUUCGGGAGAACCACUGGGCCAGAAAAGUUUACAUUUACCUGAAAGCUUCCUCGCAUAGUGUACUUAAAAUUUGUUAAAAUCAUGGCUCCUUGGGUAAGGUAGGAACACAAAGGCUCAUGACAACAUGGUGAUCUCUAAGUACCAAUACCACUAAGGUGGCCAUGUUCUGGAGAAACAGACAUUUUAAAAGAUUGUCUUUCUUGUAUGCAUACAUGUACAUAAGGGUGCCCACCCAUAAAAUUUUCAAAUUUAAGGUGAAUCAUUAUCUCUUGUUUCAAAAAAAAGAAAGAGGAUAUUAAAGAAGCAAUCAUAUUUCCCCAUUUGAUAUUUUUAAAAGAUGCGUCUUUUGUCAAUUCCUGAAUGGAAGUUCUGUAGAUGACGCUUCCACUGUUACUUCGUUAUGCACAUUUUCAAAUGGCAAAAAAAAUGACGUGUUUCAAGCCUUGCAAAGUCUUUAAAAUCCGGGGGCCACCAGGGCUUUUCCCUAGACCCAUUGGGGGUCUUGGGGUGGCCCCCAGACCCCCUACUCCAGCAUGCUAGAGGUUCACCGCGAGAUACUUUGACUUGGCGCCGCGUAUAUAAGGAACGUUAACGGACGCUCUACCUUCAACGUUGGAGUACCAGACCCCCUACCGCAUGACACCCCGCGCCCUCUAAUUUCAAUUCCUGAACCCGUCACUGAUAACAUGAUGAGGGGGGGGGGGGGGGGGAUACUUGCAGUGAUAUACAUCUUUUUGAAGGAAACAAAAUGUGCGGUGUUUAAAAUCCCUCCCCAUUCAUAUAUUUGCUAAUUAUAUCGUCUUCUCUUGGUCAAGUUAGCGUCAUGUACAGGGACUCAUGAAAGACAGCAAUGAAGUUGACAUAAAACCACUGGUUAAAUAUUGACUUUCAAUAGUGUCCGUAUUGCGAUAGGACAAUCCAACCGCAAUAUAAAGGUUCAACAAAUACGGUGGAAAUUUUCGGGAACGUCUUACAAGACUUAAUUUAGUUUUACUAGUAAACUCGUUUAAUAUAAAUUAUUAAUCAAAUUAGAUAUUUUUCACGUAUGCGUAAUGUUCACUAUCAGUAGCAGCAUGCAAUCUUCAUCUUUUGUUACGUAGAAUUGAUCGAAGAUGCUAUGAAAUCCACAAAAUCUGAAUACAUUAGACAUUCGUGUGUAUAAACUUUAAUGAUUAUUCAACAGAUUGUAAAGAGCCAUGUUUUACUUGUGUCUGAUCAAUUCACUUCUCUCUGGAAGUGCCGGAGCCCACGGCCGUGUAUAGGGCAAUAGUCUGCCAGCUGCACACUUCCCUAACGAGAAUACAAUGUUCACCUGAAAUGUACAAGUUUAUAUCACAAUACUGGUCGUUCAGCACAUAAUUAUAGAAUUAUGUACGCAUUAAUACGUCUAGGGAAAAAGUACGUGCGUUUUAUGUAAUUCAGUUUUCAAAACUGACACCCAUAUACAUGUAUAUGCACUUUGUCUCGUAGAUUUUCUCCGAGUUGCUCUCAGAUGUUAACAACCUUAGAUAGGAAACCGGUCAUUAUGUUACACGUAUCAAGUGGUGCUUGGAGUUUGCAUGUACUUAUUCUGUUGUUGAUUCAUUCGCUCCCUUUCCUUACACUUGAAGCAGUUAAAACAGAGACACGAAGCCUCGGGGUCCGCGUGGUAGGCACACGGACAAAACUCACAGAAACACAGCAAGACCCUCAAUAUUUCUAGAACACACAGAGUCAUGUCUAUGAUGGCCACUAUCGAUGUGACAGUUCCAUACCACUCCCGAAAAUCCGCCACAUGAAAAAUAAACAGGGCGUGAACGAACGUUGUCGUUUUGAAAGACACGAAAAUAAGUCUCCAUAUUUUGGGGUGGUAAGAAUUGGCGAUGGCUUCCCAUUUUCUCGCGGCGAUGAUAGUCAGGGUGAUCAACAGUGCAAGGACCACACCCACGUAGCAGAGAAUGGGGAUCUUGUAAUUGUCUGUCCAGUCCGGGAAUCCGAGUUUUAGCCACAGAAAAAUAACGGCACCUGCAUCGACAACAUAGCCGAUCCACACCCGGAUAACGAAUAUAAUGACCCACUUUCUGGGAUCUUCACUGAGCUUCUUGUCGACAUAUCUCGAUAUCACACAGUUAGCCAGGCACAGGAUUAGGUCACCAUUAUUCCUGCAACAUUCCGACAUUGCUGCCGAGCGAGUUCAGCUGUCUGUUUAAAAACUCCCAC